CAACCCACUUCUAAUUGCCUCUUUCCCUGAACAAUCACGCGGACCAUUGCCAACACCGACACCCGCGCGCGAAUGGGACAGAAGUUGUAGCCAAACAAUAUGGACCACCGACACCAUGCCCACCGCCAUCGCCACUCGAGAAGGGAGACUUUCUAUCCUGAGAUCCCCGGAAUACCGAGCCGUACCACUGCAAUGGACAUGUCUCCUGUCCAGCUGAUGCCACGCUCUACAUGCACCGACCCGGAUGCCCCUGAGUGUCGAAAGCCCACCCAGAUACCCACACUUCCCAUUGUGCUAGGCGUAGUAAUACCCUUGGGCGCAGCCGCAAUAGUCCUAAUCUACCUCCAUCGAAGACAUAUCCGCAAGUUGAGGGAGGAAGACGCCAAGGACAAGUACAAGUCGCUCGAUUUUGGUGUUGACCCUUCAUCGGCCCAGCGUAAAAAGGGUGCGAAAGGAAUGGAGAUGAGCAAGACGGACGGAGAGAAAUCCGCCCGGCACGGAUAUGGCAUCUCCCUGGACAUGGGAAGCCCAUACAUCAUGCCCGCUGGUCUGAAUGCGUCACGGGAAUCGUUCCAUUCGCUCUCACGGUCAAUGCAUGACCCCAGCGAUCCAUACAGCCCCGUGACGAUGAGUUUCAUGAAGGGAGACAACGCCAGCCUCAGAAGUGUGAGCCGCAAUGGAGGAUUCCCUGCCCAUGACAACGGAUCCGUGUACACCACCUCGAGUGGUGCGACUGACAGGAUGAACAAUGGCCUGUUGAAGAACGCCUCGAGCAUGUCCCAUUCCGUCCCGCCGCGUGGAGAGCCACUUUCACCCGAUCGGGAGGUACCUGAGCUGCGUUUCCCAGAACCGGUUGCACAACCCCGGAGUCCCAGCCCGCUCAACCCAAACGCACAGUCGCCGCCGUCAGCGGUUCUGAGAACCACUGCUGCUUCCCCACCUCCUGCGCAAACACAGUAUGUCGCCUUCAACCCGACGGGCUCACCCGCAGUCGCUCCGGCUCCCGCUGAACCGGAACCCGAAGUACAAGAGUCCAAGGCUCAGAGAACCACACCUAGUCCACCUCCUCUACGCAUUCAAUCCCAGGCAGCGGUGUUACAGAACAACACUGCAAGCUUUAUAAGCGACUCCAGCUAUGGCGACGCCUUCCAGAUUACACCUCCCUCACCCCCUCGGAGCCAAGAACGCGUUCUGUCCCAGGAAGCACCCCUUGUGCCAGAGCCUCUUCAUCCUCAGACGAAUGCGCCCGUAGGGCUAGGGGUAGAACAGAUCGACUACAGUGCCAAUCGGUUAUCCCUAAGCCUGCGUCCUCUGCCGCCUGAUGAUCCGAAUGACAACCCCGAGCAACGUGCCCUCCGCAUUCGCUCCUUUUAUAAGGAAUAUUUCGACGAGAGCAAGCCUGACCCUGCAGGCGGCCAUGCCUAUCAUGACGACUACUACGAGGAUAGCUACGGGUCGGAAUAUCUUGAUGGUGCUGUGUACGAUCCUCAGAGCAAUGCAUUUGUGGUGGCACAGCCUCAUGCACCUUUCGCACAGCCUGUAACACGUCGCGCCAUGACGCCUCCUCCUCGCGCACCUCCCCGGUUCCGCAGUGGUAGCCUUCCUCGGGGACCUCACAUGUCCAAGGGGUCAAUGUCUUCUGCUGGCCGCCACAUGCCGCCGCGAGGAAUGUCUUCUAUGAGCGGACGUUUCCCGGGAACUCGUCCACCGCCGCCUCCACCGGCUGCCCUAACCUCCUUACCUACGCCAUCGAAGCUUAAGGAGGACUCGAUGGUGUUCAAUCCCAUCGACUUUGCCCCUCCAGUCUCCAUCCGAGAGAGACAGAACGGAAUGCGGCCUGAUAGCCCGCUGGGGACGCCUAGGCCAUACAGCCCUGCAGUUCGCGCGCACACGCCUUUGGCCAGCGCUUUCGAUGAUCUGGCUGUAAUGCCCAGCCCGCACAUGCUGCGCAAAUCGGGCACAUUCACCGCUCUUGACUUCGCUCCCCCGCCCCGUUUCCGAGACCCGGGCUCCGGUGCCUCGGACGCAGGAUCCAUCCGUUCAUAUCGCUCGGGCAUUUCUGCCGUGGGCCGCAUGGCCGUUCGCACUGGAGCUAACCGCGUCAGCCGAAUUCCGAAGGGCGUCGUCGGCACCAAGGAGGACAUUGUCAGCGCUCUGCGACCGCAGAUGAGCCUCGUAGCCCCUGCUUAAAGACUUGUUUUUGAGCUCAGCAUUUCUUCUUCCCUUGCCAAUCAUGACUGGAGCAUCUGCAUG